CUCGUGCGUGGUGGGGUAAGUGUUUGGAGUUUGCGUUGAAGUACUACGCGGAGGUGGAAAAUCACUCUGACCACCUCGAAACUUUCUGGGGCAUUAAAAACGCUCCAGCACGAAAAAACUACAAUGAAAUACACCACAGGGUUUCCUCAGAAGAAACAAGGGUUGGCGUUAAUGUGACUUUUUGAAGCUGGAGCUGCUUCCUUGUUCGACAACGGGGUGAAAUAUCUCAACAUCCUCACAAAGAAACUUUGCCUGCUAGGCUGCUAACCCGCACACAAGCCAGACAAAAAGUAUGACCACCGCCGAGGAAAUGAUCUCAAGCUGUCAGUAACGACUCAUAUGUCGAUGUAAAGCAGUGGAGGAAGGGUUACAGCUGGUAACUUAGCCACAGCGCCCCCAGAUCUCCACCAGACAGGACAUCCAUUUCUACCGUGUAGUCCCAGGUCUGGAGAGAUGUCGGGCCGAAGUGGAGUCAUACAGACCCGGGGAGCUGCUUUGGGUCCUCAGCCCCUCAAAGCUACUGUUCCUUAUCAGCUGUCCAGUAAACCUCGAGCCAACCGCAGAGAUGGAAAAUCAGCUAGAAAAUCCAAACCACAGCAGCUGAGCUCUGGCAUGAGGCGGACGGUAUCACUAGACGCCAUCAUCGGGCCAUACCUGCAGGGACACUGGCCGAAAGAUCCCGAAGACCAGAACAGUGUGUGUCGCAAGGACAAAUCCACCCAGACCCCAGACUCAUGGUUCGAUAACUCCCAGAGCAGAAGAGGCAGCAGCAGCCACAAACGAUCGGCAUCAUGGGGCAGCGCUGAGCAUCUGCAAGAGAUCGCUAAACUCAAACAACAGCUGCAGCAGCAGCGCAGCAAACCUGCCGUCUCAGGGGGGCAUGACAAAGACCGCCAGCGUGGCUAUCCUCAAGGGAGCUGUAGCCUAGGAACUACACAGACUCAGCCAAUCCCAAUUCCCCUCGCUCCCCUCGCUCCCCUCUCCGCGCUGGUCCCUCGACUGCGUUGUAGCAUAGAGGGCCUCAACCAGGAGCUGGAAGGCAUGUUCAUCUGCCAGCCUCCCCAUCCUCAGCCCAGGCUUCUUGAGGUUCCAGAUGGUCACAGGGCUCCUGUCCCCCCACAGAGCUGCAGCAGUGGAUCGCAGAGUGACCCCGCCACUACACCCCUGUCCUCUUCUUCCUCCUCCUCCUCACCCAGCUCCCCUCCUAUCUACAUCUCCACUUCCCCAACAAUCUCUGAGGAUGCACCCUCGGAGCUGCAGCAAGGUGUGACAGACAGCGCGGACAUGUGCCUCCUGUCUCCCUUCUCAUCCCAGAAUGAAGCUGACCUCUCCCUGCCCCUGCUGAUGUCGUCCUCUCCAGGGCCCAACAAGAGCUGCUGCUUCCAGAGAGAGCCUCCAGAAGGCUGUGAGAAAGUCCGAGUCUGGGAGGAAACCGGUGCUCCAUACCUGCUCAAACCGACCCUCAUCUCCUCCUGCCCAGACCCCAACAAGGUAAACUUCACCCCCCAUGGGGGCUCGGCCUUCUGUCCCGUCAGCCUCCUGAAGCCCAUGCUCCCCUCCUUGGACCUGCAGUUCCGCAGCCUCGCCCUCUCUCCGGCCGGCAGCUGCUCGAGCCAGGGAACCAGCCCUAGCAACCGAGGUGGUCACCCUGAUCCUUCUUCCACCACCUCUGCUGUGGUGGGAGAAAGUUCAGGGGAGGGCCUGGCAUUCUGACCUGAAUAGGAAAAUAGCGUAAUACAAAUAUUUCAGGGGGUCAGGGGUCGGUUAGUCGAUAAUGCUUUAUUUUAAGGAAGGACCAUUCCUUUUCCUUACAGGUCUAAAAAAAAGAAAAAAAGAGUAUAAGUAUCUCUGUGUGCUUUAUGGGCUGCUUGUUUUGGAUUUGUUGGCAUAGUGACAUUUAAUAAUAAGGCUGUUUUGGUUCUCUGACUUCACUAUCCAAAGAUGCUUUUAAGGCCAAACAGCAGUGGAGGACUUCUAACAUUUUACUCUUAUCUCUUUCAAUCACUGCACAUUUUCCCCAAAGAAGCCAUGACAAACACUUAUUUCUUGAUACAGCUAUUUUAAAACUCUAUCCAAAAUGUUCAGAGGCCAGGUCAAAUAAGAAAAACUGCAUGUUGAUAUGUUUUUUUUUAAGUAUUCAACUGUACUUACCUGAAAUUCACCUUUAGUUCUUUUUACCUAACCUAACCUACAAAGCAUGACAAAUCAGUUGGGUACCUGAUUAGAAAAAAAGACACAAUGAAUUAGAUUAUUGUAGACUGAAGGGAAUUUUCUAGAUGUUGAACUUGGGUAGCAUGAAUACCUAAAGGCUUCAGCUCAUGCAUUCCUGCUUCAAAAAGUUGUACAGCUGUUAUAAUUUUGUUGUCAUCUUGUUUACUUGUUUAAAAAAGUAAUUUCUGCAUGUUGAUGGAUACAAACCUGUUCUGCCUUGAUGUGUGCUUGUUCCUAUGUUAAUAGUUUUGAGGCUUCACAGCCUAGUCAACUACCUAACCAGUUUUAGUGGUGUAGAAUGUUUCCCUGAAGAUGUUUUCUUUCUUCUGCCGAGCUGACAAGUUCUAAUGUUCAGAUAGUUUUAUUUCUGGUAGACAUGUUUGCACAAAUUGAACUGCUACUUUUGAGUCGCAAUUCUUAUUUUUAUAUUCACUUUUUGUACUUUAAGAGUAGCUAUGUGUAUUUUCUACAUCCUUUUUCAAUUACCUGCAACAUAAGCUAAAAAAAAAAAAAGAACCUGUUGUAGUUUUGUUCUGUCAGUGUAAUCAAGGCAGGUGUUAGGUGAGAUACUGUAUCGGUGGAUUUUUAUGCACUUCCAGGAGAAGGUUUCUUCAAUACAUAAGUCCUGGCUUAUUGUCACUGACGGGAGUUUUGUUUGUAUGUGUGCACGUGGAUGGAAAGUUAUCUAGUCUGGUUAACGACUUCUCCUAGUUUUUGUAUCCUGGUGGAAACACUGAUGAAACAUGGACUUUUUUUCCAAAUAAGCCUCAUGUCAAUGUUUUAUGAAUCAGUGAGGAUGUCGAGGAUGUGCUGUUUCUCUCAGGUUCUGUGUUCUGUCCACAAAAAGAUAUGACUGAUAAUAUGUUGUGUUUGUGAUUUAUUAAACUAGACUGAAAUCUUCACUUCA